CAUCUGCCGUCCCCGGCGUCCGCCAGCCGCCGUCGGCGUCGGGCCGUGGCCCGGGCUCUGUGCGCGCGCCGGCGGGCCACCGCGCCCGGGCCCUAACUCGCUCCGCGUUCUCCCCGCUCCCCAGGCCAGUCGGCCUCAGCCAUGGCGCCCAGCCGAAAUGGCAUGAUCCUGAAGCCCCACUUCCACAAGGACUGGCAGCGGCGCGUGGCCACGUGGUUCAACCAGCCGGCGCGCAAGAUCCGCAGACGCAAGGCCCGGCAGGCCAAGGCGCGCCGCAUCGCCCCGCGCCCCGCGUCCGGCCCGCUUCGGCCGGUGGUGAGAUGCCCCACGGUCAGGUACCACACCAAGGUGCGCGCCGGCAGGGGCUUCAGCCUGGAGGAGCUGAGGGUGGCCGGCAUCCACAAAAAAGUGGCCCGGACCAUUGGGAUCUCGGUGGACCCGAGGCGGCGGAACAAGUGCACGGAGUCCCUGCAGGCCAACGUACAGCGGCUCAAGGAGUACCGCUCCAAGCUCAUCCUCUUCCCCAGGAAGCCCUCGGCCCCCAAGAAGGGAGACAGCUCUGCUGAAGAGCUCAAAUUGGCCACCCAGCUGACCGGACCAGUCAUGCCCAUACGGAACGUCUACAAGAAGGAGAAAGCCAGAGUCAUCACAGAGGAAGAGAAGAACUUCAAGGCAUUCGCCAGUCUCCGCAUGGCCCGUGCCAACGCCCGGCUCUUUGGCAUCCGGGCAAAAAGGGCCAAGGAAGCUGCAGAACAGGAUGUUGAAAAGAAAAAAUAAAGUGCUGUUGGCAACUUGUGAUAAA